CGUCCAGUCUGUUCGUUCUCCCACAGGUCUAAACAACGCUCAGCUGCUCCUACCGUGUUUUUUAGUGGAUAAUCACAGGGCAUAAGAGGGAGCAAGUUUUUCCUUUCUUUCACUUGUGCUGGCAGCUACCGCACAAGGAUGAAGGAUAAAAUGCUCUUAUUCCACAAGUGUGCAUGAGCACAUCGCGUUUUGUGAAAGUUACAUCAUCUAAGUGUGCGAUGGACAUGAGAAGCAAGUAACAGAUGUGAGGGAAUUUUUCCCUUUUCUCUCAUGUGCAGGCUGUGAUGUCUUAUGAGAAUGACAUAUCUUCAGUGCUUUAUAUACAGUUAGUCCCACCACGCUGCGUUGUAAGAAAUUUAAGGCAUCAGUGUGCGCUGGACAUGAGACAGCAAGGAAUGUGAGAAGAAGCAAGUUUUUUCUCUUUUUCUUUUAUGCCCUGGCCGGUGUCCCAUAAGGAGCGUUUUGGUUCCGGUUUGUUCCGCCAGAUCGCGUUAUAAGGUUACUUCAUCUGGGUGCAAGCAGGACAUGAGGGACAGAGCAAACCGGAGCUAGGCAGACGUUGUACCGCACUCCCCUGCAUUGUGUCCUUCCUCGUCGUCGCCAGAUCAGACAGGAAGUGCUUGCUUAUGCGGAGCCUCGCGAAGAGCAGCAGACGAGAUGACCUUGACCAGCCAGGCAGUGCGGCAGGUGCCUGUGGUGCUACUGCGCCUCCUGGUGGUGGUGCUGGUGCGGGAGACGGCUCACCCUCGCUAUGAUUCUACCGAAAACCUUCUUCCACAUUAUGACUUCAUUAUUGUAGGCGGAGGGUCAGCAGGGUGCGUGAUGGCGGCGAGACUCAGUGAAAUAUCCCACUGGAAAAUACUGCUGAUAGAGGCGGGAGGGACACCCCCACCGGAGAGCUACAUACCUGCUCUCAACUUUCUCCUGUUCCAAGGUGACGCAGAUUGGAAGUUUCGCGCCGCUCCACAGCAGGGAGCCCUUCUCGCAUACGAAAGCAUGUUGCCAUACCCGCGUGGUCGGGGAAUAGGAGGCUCCUCCACCAUCAACUCAAUGAUCUACGUGCGCGGCAAUAGGCGGGACUUCGAUAACUGGGAGGCAAUGGGCAACCCGGGCUGGAGCUUCGACCACGUCCAUCGUUACUUCUUGAAACUGGAAGGCUACAGAGGAGCCUUCUCAAACCACACCGGCAGGCACUAUGGGCGGGACGGGCCACAGGCGCUGGAGGGCAAGCGGUGGUCCUCGCCUGCCGCCCAGGCCUUCCUUAGGGCAGGGGAGCAGCUCGGGUACAACAUCAUCGACCCCAAUGGACCUGAACAAAUAGGUUUCUCUUUGAUCGACCUGACGGGGCGCGACGGGAUGCGGUGGUCGGCAGCCGAAGGUUACCUGCGUCCUGCCCUCAGCAAGAGACCCAACCUGCACGUGGUGAUGAACGCGCAUGUCACCAAGAUACACUUUAAUGAAGACAAUCGCGCCGUGGCGGUGACUUACAUGCAAAACGACAAGGAGCAGCGAGUGGCAGCGACGAGGGAGGUGGUGCUGAGUGCGGGUGCCAUCGGUAGCCCCCACCUGCUGCUGUUGUCUGGUGUGGGACCCGCCGAGCAUUUAACUCACCACAACAUCCCGGUGGUAAGGGACCUUCCGGGCGUGGGUCAGAACCUUCAGGACCAUCCCGCUGUGGCAGGAUUGGUAUGGAUCACCAACAAAGACUCCAGCUUUUCGCCUCUACGCCUCCUCAAUCCUGUCCACCUCCAUCGUUACCUACAGGACCGCCAAGGUCCUUUCACCACCCCUCUUGGCACGGAGGGCAAUGCUUGGUUCCCGUCGGAGACAGGCGACCCUGAUUGGCCCGACAUACAGCUAGCCUUCGUCAGCACCACACCAGCUAUCGACUUUGGCCUCACCUCCCGACAAGGGCUGGGCUUCAGGAAGGAGGUAUAUCUGGACUAUUUCUCUGAAGUGUUCGGUCAAGAGGGGUUCACUCUGGCCCCGUUCCUUGCUCGUCCUCGCAGCCGCGGCUCCGUCACCCUCGCCUCCCGCCAUCCUAUGCACAUGCCACACAUCAACCUCAACUUUCUCAGCCAUCCACAAGACGUCAUCGACUUAGUGAAAGGAAUCCGUUAUGCGCUAGGUGGUGGCACUCCAGCCAUACAAGAACACGGCUCAACGUUCAAUAAAAGACUGCUAAGACCGUGUAUGGCUCAUGGCGGCCACACACAAAAAUAUUGGGAGUGUUUCGUGCGUCACAUGGCCACCACUUCUUAUCACGCCAGCGGCACCUGCAAGAUGGGGCCCUCCCAUGAUUAUCUCUCAGUAGUGGAUCACAGACUGAGGGUUCGGGGCGUGGCAGGUCUGCGGGUGGUGGAUGCCUCCAUCAUGCCACUCAUAGUUUCAGCCAACACAAACGCCGCCACCCUAAUGAUCGCAGAGCGUGCUGCGGACUUCAUCAAACAGGAGUGGAGGUCCCGCCGCCGCCGCCGCUAAUUAACCAAAGGUGCUCAGAUCCGCGCCAGGAGUCAAGAAGGUUUAGUUCUUACUCGCUAACACACUGCGCGAACACAAUGAUAAUGGGUAUUGAUUGAGUGCUCUCUCUCUCUCUCUCUCUCUCUCUCUCUGCGCCUUAAAAGGAAUUAAUUAUAAGGUUGCCUGCUAAGUGACAAACGCAGACGUUGCUGGCUAGCGAGCCGUGUUUAUACCUAAAAUCAAAAUGGAAAAAUGACAACUGAGAUCAUGGCACCAUAUAAUCAUUUACUUAAUUAUUUGGUAAUAAAUUCAUUUAAUGAAAUAAUUGUUUGGCAUUCUUAUAACACAGGCAUGAAAGACAGGACAAUUAAUUCCGUAAUUUAUUAAUAGCAUAAUAAAUUAAUUGACAAAAGAAUAUUACCAUAAUCUCAGUUGCCAUUUUCACAUUUUCAUAUUGAAUAUAAUUCCCCUAAUAAGAGGCUUGGGUUCGUGGUGGAAAGUUACAGCCUAACCAAGAAUAAACAUUUCAAAGGAGAGAAAAUCGAAAAAGAAAAAAAAUAGAAUAAGAAACGAUCGUUGCUAACAGUGUCAUGGAUCGAUAGGCAAAAGAGUGGCGUGUUGAAAGAAACCAUCUUUGUUCGAAGCAGUUAUAACUUAAUCUUCGCUUCCUCCACUGCUGGUGUGCGUGUAGCUACUUACGUAUACCUCACAAUGCUAACACUUCUCUGGCAUGACUCAAAAUGCCAACAUCUCUACUAAAUUGGUGGCAAUAAUCAUGAAGAAGGCAUAGAAAUGGCAUAUUGAAUAUUCAUUAACAGUGAAUGAAAUAAAACCCGAGUCGAGGAAAUGUUUCAUACAAGCCAGCCCUGCUUUCAUCUCGCCUGGUGUCUGAACUGCGACAAACUAGUCUAGACCUCCCCCUCUACCUGGUCACCCCACAACAACCCCAUCAUUCCUUCCCUCUAUCACUGCACCAUCACACUCUCCCCUACCCAUUUCCUUCCACCACAACUUCCAUAUCUUACCCUUUACCAUUCUUUACGUGUGUAACCACAACCACCAUCCUACCGUAGCCUUCCCCUUCAUCACCCCUCCUCCACCCAUACCACUAAUCCUUCCCUGUCACAUGACGUCUAUAAAUACAACCAUCCCUUCCUUCCCAUUCACUCAUUCAGACAUUCACUUAUUACCCAUGCCUCCUACCCCAUCUAUUCAAAUAUGCGAAACUUUAAUUCAAAUAACAAUUAAGACGCUGAAAGUAUCAAUAUGAAAUGACAUCUGAACCAAAACGAACCAAAUGCAUAGUUGGAAGAUUCACCUACCUACCUCUUAACUUCAGUCCUGUUGUAGUGUUUUAUUUAAUUUCUGAUAUGAUGAUGUUACUGUCCCAUCUCCACGGCGACUACAGUCAAUGCCCAAGACAAGGACAAGGAUAUACGCCAUCUCAUUCUCCUCAUCGUCCCUCUUCCUACGCUGCUGAGUGCCGAAAUGUUAUGAUGAACUAUGAGAUUCCAGAAAACCCGACGAAACACCCGAAAAAAAAAAUAGAAAGAAAAAAAAACAUACCUAAGAGAAAGGAAAAAGAGAAUGGAUGGAAAGGACCGAAAAGUACAAAAGUAAAACUUAAAUAUGAACAGUCAGUUUUCACUUUUACUGUAGUGUGGAGUCACUGGAGUAUAACAUGCAAACAAUAGGGUUGAGCUAGGCUGCAGGUAUCCUUUUAUAUUUAAUGUUUUUAAGCCUUCAAGGUUAGCGAGAAGGUAGAUAUAACUGCAAUAUCUAAUCUACAUUUGAAUUUAUCGAAAGCUCAUGUUAUUUCAUAAACAUUUUCUAUAUUCACUUGACUAUUAGUAUAGUUGUUGGAGUAUUUCGAGGGGGUUUAUGGACGAGUCAAGUGUGAACUAACUCGAGCGUGACAAGUCGAGCACACAGGAACCACGUCGAGCGUCAGAACAAUGGUAUGAUUUAGGGAAUUUUGCUAUGACAGAACAAUGUUAACAUUUGGGGAGAUGAUUUCCUAGCCAAUAUAAUCGAGGUUGUUGUUUUCAUGAAUCAUGAUUGUUGUCUCAUGCGAGCUGUACUACCGUAAAGUUGUAUACCAAAUAAAUUUGCAUGUAUU